UAACAGGAAAUACUAUCAACAAUGUUUUGAAGCGUGCCAUCCGUCUACAGAAACGUGGUUUAAUGUCCAUUUAGGUGUACAUGUAGGACAACAGUAUGCCGUAAGGAUGCAGCGAAUACACAAACUGUAUGUUCCUGUAAAACGUAGAGAGUUAUGAUGUAAAGGUGUUUGUUUAGAUUAAUAAUGUGGAGAAGAUCUCUGAGUGCAGGCUACAGAUGCUUUGGGUGCAGGAGUGUUGGACCAAAGGGAAUUUGGGGCUCCCAUGCAGUGCGUACAUGCAGCGCUCCGGCCUUACCUGCAGGCAGGAUCACAGCACUCCAGGCAGUGGACUUAUGGAGGAGACACUUUGAAGAGAGAGGUGUGACGGAGCCGGACCACUCCAGUCAAUACAUCAUUGCUCAUCUGCUCGGGGCUAAAACUAUAGAAAGUCUCGAGCAGGGGAAGUUAACAGAGUUUCUCAGCCAAGAAAAAACAGAGCAGGUGUGGAAGCUCUGCUCUAGACGCUUAUCCAGGAUGCCUGUGCAGUAUGUGAUUGAGGAGUGGGACUUCAGAGAUCUGACACUGAAGAUGAGACCUCCUGUGUUCAUACCGAGACCUGAAACUGAGGAGUUAGUUGAACUCGUGCUUGCUGAUCUGGAGACAGAGCCCAGGACUGGAGUGGGUGCAGGUGCCCAGCACACAUGCUUGGAAGUGGGAUGUGGCUCCGGUGCCAUUUCUCUGAGUCUGCUGAAGAGUCUGCCUCAGCUCAAAGCCAGCGCCGUGGAUCAAAGCCAGGAUGCGGUGGAUUUAACAAGAGAGAAUGCGCUGAGGUUGGGGCUUCAGGACAGAUUACAGAUUUAUCAUAUAGAUGUGAUGAAAGAUGCAGACGCUGUAUUGAGCCUCUGUAGCCACGUCUCAGCUUUGGUCAGUAACCCUCCAUACCUGUUCUCAGAGGAUAUGACGACGCUGGAACCUGAAAUAUUGAGGUUUGAAGACCACGCUGCUUUAGAUGGAGGUGAAGAUGGCCUAAAAGUGAUCAAACAGAUUUUGACAUUGGCUCCACAGAUUCUAUCAAAUCAUGGCCGUGUUUACUUGGAGGUGGAUCCCAGACACCCCCCGCUCAUUCGACGGUGGGUGGAGGUGAAUGUGGAAGAGAUGCAUUAUGUGGAGACACGGCACGACAUCAGUGGCAGGCCGCGAUUCUGCAUCCUUCAGAAAGAAGAGUCACACAAGCACCACAAGCUGGAUCUAGAUUGAGAAACUGAGAUCCUAUUACGCUGGCUUUUGCCCAGGUCGCCACAGUCUCAGCUCCCCUACCCCCACUGAGCCACCGAGCACGCGCUCACACCCAUCUGAUCAUUCAGCAUUCACAAUUUGCAGACGCUCAAAUCAUAUUCAUGUCACUGUUGCACUUUUAAUCUGGUAACAUUUGUGAUCACAUCCUGCGCCGCAAUAAAAAAAAAGCGUGCGAGAUGGCACAAUAGCAGGCUCAAAGCUGAAGGUAAUUACUGAGGCUUUUCUUAGAACACUCCCUCUCAGAAUCUCACCCUCCUCCCAGGAAGCAUUCAGUAGUUCUGUGAAUCCGCUGAUGAACGGUCCUCCCCUUCGCUCGUCUACUCGCUGACUCAGAUGCAGCCUGUACGCAUUGUUGAGCAAAAAACACACACACACACACACACAUACACACAAUGUGGCCUUUACUUCCUCACACAAUCUGGGUCCCACACACACACACUUAAUAAAGCUCAAAGGCCACAAAGUCUUUGUGUUUCAAAGGUGAUUUG